AUGUCUGUACAGGCUUCUUCUGUGCUGACCCAGGUGGCUCCUGAAGCCGGGAUUCAGCAACCGUACCCCAACCAGGCGGGCUACGAUAUGGCUCCUCAGCCCGACAUUGCUAUCAAGCUGUACGCUCGAGGCACAAUGUUCGACAUGACUCGAAACGAGCUCAUGAAGCUGCCUGAGUCCAUUCUGCUGUCGUUGUUCCCCAACGGCGUGUUCAUGGACAUCCAUGGCAACGUCAUCCAGACGCUGUCAGAGCAGGACGUGGUCGCUAUCAACUUCUCGCCCGACUGUCUCAAAUACACGCUUGACCUGUUCCGGUCCGCCGAGGCCGACUACUUGUCCAGAGUAGACCCCACCGAGGCCGCUGCCCAACAGUGGAGCCCAUCUCUCGAAGAUGGCGCGUCCGUGGAGAUGCUACGCACCAAGCCCGCAAUCGUGGUACUACGUGAGGACCUGGACUACUUCUGUCUGCCGCCCUCGCGUGAUACAACCGAGGCCGAGAUGCGUGAGCUCAAGGUCGCCUGUGGUGCCCAGCUUGUGCAGCGAGACCACAUCUUUUCGGGCCUCAAGCGUGGUAGUGAGAGCGGCACUGCCGAGCAGCAUCUAGUGGAGAUGUUGUGCAACUCCGGGUUUACUCUGAACGACACCUGGGGCUACCGAUCUACCGAGCCCGGUCGGGCUGUGAUUGGAAGUUUAGCGCUUGUCCAGCUGCGGUCCAGUGGGGCCCCCGUCACCGCAGAAUCCGCUUCUGCCGCAGAGGCUGCUACAGGUGUUCCCUCGGAUACGGAAAUGCACACUGCCGAGGAAGACAACUCCGGGCCUAAUGGGGAGGACGACUUUGAGUCGACGCGUCACAAACUGCUGCUUUUCUGGCGCAAACCUGCACGAAAAUGCUGGUGGGACUCGGUCAAGCUGGAGGGUAUCCCGGGCUACGAUGAGCCCAUCACCGUCCACAUCCGCCGGGUGUGGACCCUGGAGUUGUCCGUCAUUGGAAUCUAG